AAGUCCUGACAGAGGAACUACCUCUGUUUGAGGGGAGGGGCUGCCUCAGGAUUGCUAUGUUUUAGAGAAAUGUUUCCCUUCUUAGCCUUGUACUCAUUCCUGGCAGGAAACUUGAAACCUGAGUUUUGUGAGUUAGGUCCAUGGAGAGUGGGGGGAGCCCGGUGAUCUGGGGAACGGCAGAGGGCAGGAGUUACCAGGCCCUCUAGCCAUAGCCGCAGACUGUUGUCUGUGAAACUCUUCCUUACACAGCUGUGUCCUGUAUGCACGAUCUGUCUCCAGUGAGGGUGUGUACAGUCAGAGGACUGUGCAGGAAAGGAGAAGACAGACUCAGAAAGGGCCUGUGCUGCUGUGUGGCCUUCUGUCCCCGGCAGGUCAGACUGAGGGCCUCUGCCUGAGAGGUAGGAGCCAUCAUGGAGAAAAGGCAGGGCCCGCCCCAUCACCUGGAUUCCAAGGAUGCCGGUGUGCACUGAGGUCCCAGCAAGGGCCUUCCUGGGACUGGCUCCUGGAUGGUGUCCUAGAGGAACGGAGCCAGAAGGAAAGAAAACAGGAAGAGAGCCCGAGCUGUGAUACAAUAAACAUGCCUGACGGCUGGCAGAGAAAACACCUGGGCUGGCUUUCUGGCCAUUCCCCAUCACUGAUAUCUAGAGACAGAAAGAGUUGGCUAGACCUCUGCAGUAAUGCAGGUGACUUAGGAUGGAAGAACCUGAAAAUCAAAGGAAGAGAGUAUAUUUACCUUGUUAUUAGAUGUAGAGGUGAUGCCAACUGGUUCAGACACGACAGCUGUGUCUCUUUUUGCAGGAGCCUGGGGAGGGGCCAUGGUGCCAAGCCAGUUGUGGGGGAGACUGGAGAAGCCGCUCCUCUUCCUGUGCUGCGCCUCCCUCCUCCUCGGGCUGGCUUUGCUGGGCGUUCGGCCGGACAUCGCCCCAGUGGCUUAUUUCUUUUUCAUCCUGAGCGGCUUAUUUUUGUGUGCCUGCCUCCUGUCCUGUUUUCUGGAAUGGGGGUUCCGAUCAGUAGAGACAGAGAGCCCAGGGGCCUCAGGCAAUGCACGGGACAAUGAAGCCUUUGAGGUGCCGACCUAUGAAGAAGCUGUGGUGGGAUCACAGCCCCACCCCCAAGAACAGGAUCAACCACCCCCUUACAGCAGCAUUGAAAUCCCCCCAGGACUUGAAGGGGGGCAGCCUGGCCACCAAGAGGAGAACAGCAGGGACAGACUGAGAAGGCGAGUGGGCUCGGAGGGAUCCAUGACGCAGAGAGCUAACCCUGGGAGAACUCCACUCAGUCUCCGGCCUCGGGGAGCACGGGUGGUGUCCACAGCCCCUGAUCUGCAGAGCUUGCGGGAACUCCCCAAAGCAGAGCCUCUGACACCACCCCCUGCCUACGAGGUCUGCUUUGGUCCCCCCGAGGAUGACAACGUCUUCUAUGAAGACAACUGGACGCCACCCUAAAUGACUCUCCCAGCACUGAUCAUCUCUCCACAGCAGACCCGCUCACGCACGCAAUCAGCAUUUCCUCAUGCCUGCUGUGUGUCAGGAACUGUGCUACUGCCUGGACACCGCAAAUGGGGACUUGAACCCAGAGGGGAGUGAGGCGACGGUAAGCCCUUCCUGUUUGGGAUGAGGAGUUUUCUGGAAACAUUCAGUGACCUACCCGUGUCCAGUAUUUGCAGAAGUAGAUGGGUGGUGAGAUAGGGAGGUGAUUCAGAGAGAGGAGGAAGUGACAUCUGAGUGACAAAAAACACAUUGUUUUUAUUGCAGGUGUUUUCGCUCUAUUAGAUUCCUUGCAAGGUAUUACUCUCAUUGAAACAAGAGUGUUCCGAAGCUGAGAGGGGUUCGAUAACUUGCACAAAGGUGCACUGGUAGUUAAUAUCAUUAAAAAAAAAAAACUUGAACUUGUGAUUCUGAAGCCUGUUGUGUUUUCAGUACAAGGUAACUUGAAGGUGAGGCCAGCUCUCUCAGUCUAUCUUGGGAGAAGCACUGACAUGGGGUGGGAGAUUUUAUAUAUAGACAUAAGGGGCAGGGUGGUCUAACAUGACUGGGAAUACCCCACCAAAGUGAAUCAAAGCUCUAAUGGGCCCACCUUCGGAAGGGUGGUGGCUCAGGCAUCACUUUAGCUCCUGCUUAGGGGCCAAAGAACAGUUCCCCACUGGGUCUGAAAGCCGUGGAAUGAGUGGUUGCCAGUUUGACAAAGGAUGGAGGUGAGUGAUAGAAAAUAAUAAUAAUUUUUAGAGAAGCAAGAGGGAUUAGUAUCUGAGGAAACUACUUUCUCUUGAGGCAUCUCUGUUAAAACUCCCGGGUCACUAAUCCCGUCAGCGCAUCCCUAGUGUGUUACCUCAGGCUCCUGCCCUGCUUCCUCAGUUCCCAGUAAGGAUACCAGGCUUUCCAGGCUGCGGCUGUGCUGCAGGUUUUGCUCAUUGGGAGCGAUUACCCUAUCACUAACCCCACACUACGCGCAGGCCUUCAUUGCGCGGGCGUUCUCUCAGUGUUUUCCACCCUCCCGACUUAAACAUUUCAAUAAAGCGAGAUCGACGACCUUC